CCCGAAUGAGGUUCCUGCUCUAUCCCAUUGAAACCGUAAAACCCCAAACUUUCCUCUGUAUCACAGAAACCCUCCCUUCUGUAUCCCCAUACUUCAUAUUUUCCAGUAAUUGAAAAACUCUUUCCUUUGAAACUGAUAUUCCAAAUGAUUCUUCCGAUAAAUCCAGCAAAUAAAUUAUCCUUUAAACGCUGCAUUAAAGAUGGAGAUUUGGUAAUUGUAUACGAAAGACAUGAUACAAUGAAAGCAGUAAAAGUCAGUGAGGAUGGUGUUCUACAGAAUCGUUUUGGUGCAUUUAAGCAUUCGGAAUGGAUAGGAAAACCAUUUGGAUCUAAAGUUUUAAGUAACAAAGGAAGUUUUGUUUACUUGUUAGCUCCAACUGCAGAGUUGUGGACAUUGGUUUUAAGUCACAGAACUCAGAUUCUUUAUAUAGCUGAUAUUAGUUUUGUUGUUAUGUAUUUGGAGAUUGUUCCUGGUUGUUUGGUGCUUGAAUCUGGGACUGGUAGUGGAUCUUUGACUACUUCACUUGCUAGGGCUGUGGCUCCCACUGGUCAUGUUUAUACCUUUGAUUUCCAUGAACAGAGAGCUGCUUCAGCUAGGUAAGGUUCUUAAUAUCAUGUUUAU